CAUUCCCCUGAGCCAAGUUUACUGUAAACACGAAUUUCAAUUUCUCUGUUUUGAGAUAAAAUUUAAAUCUCAGUGCUGUGAUGAAAAGUCUUUUUAUAAAGUUUGUUGCAUCAGCGAAAAAUUAUUAAUUUUUUUAUAUUUAAUCAAAGGCUCUUCAUGUUUGUAAAUCAUAUGACAACACAAAGUCAUCAGAAUGGAUGGAAACAUAAAGAUAAGAGCUUGAAAAAAUGGACUGGAUUAUCUGAUGAUAUUUCAUCUCAGAUACAAUGCAUUAGCACGCAAUUCAUUCGAUGCAAAUUACGUGCAAAUGGUUUGAUGUCACGAAAGGUUUCGAUGACAAUAAAUGUCUUACCACAUGCCACAGUUCGUCAAAUGCAUCAUAUCUUAGUCAUUAUAAAUCGUAUGUCUUUAGAACUUGAACGUUUACAUCCUCGAAUUUUCUGUAACGUAACAAUUCCUGAACCUGAAGUUGCUCCAAUCAUCAUCGAAAAUGUGGGAAAGAAUCUCUUUAAGCACAAUGAUAUUACUUGGGGAAAGAUUAUAAGCUUUCUAACAAUCUCAUCGGCUAUCGCUGCCGACUGUGUUAAAGCCGGACAGUCUGAUAUGAUCCAAUCAAUUAUUGACACUGUUUACACGAUUCUAGCAGCUGAAACGGGAACAUGGAUAGAGAAGGAAGGCGGAUUUAGUACUUUGAGUGAUUAUAUUCGUCCUAUUGGAAGUGAACAUAUCAGUUUCCUUGGAUUCCUUACAAUCAUGGUUGGAUUUCUCCUAACCGUUCAAUUCGUUUGGGCAGUCUUUAAACAUUUAAGCAAGCAAAUUCUGAACAUUAUGUGAUCUUUUAUACUUCAUUUAUAUCUUUAUACUUUUGAAAAGAGAAUCUUAUUUUGUUUAUCUUAAUUCUGUUGACAUUUCUUAUUCGUGACGGUGUAAAUAAAACUGUUAAUUGAUUCUUAAUGAAUUUCUGAUGAAUCAUUUCUUGUUUUUUUUAAGUAAGCAAUGUUGUCAUCUUUUC